AUGCCCGUUCAUCUUAUUACUGCUAUAAAGUUGACUGUGAGUAAAUAUAUUGUGGCGGCAAAAUAUGGCAAGAGUUGCCCCAAUGCACCGGAUGUGUUCUGGCGUAUGGACACAGCUCACGAGGACGGUAUUCAGCCGACCUACUUCGAAGGAAUCAGACAAAUUGAUGUGGAUGCGGAUUCAUGGGUUUAUUACAAUCGACCAAAACUGAGUAAUGUCAAUUUCGAAACGUGCGGUGAUAUGGAAUGUGAUGGCUUUAAAAAAGUUCUAGUCAUGGACAAGGAUGGAUCACUAUUUGGCAGUCCGACAACCAUUGUUCCCCAAUCGGAAUGGCAAUGGGAUCAGGACCGAGCAUACGGGAUCGGUUCUAGUCGGGUACCGCGGCGAAUGACCACCCUGCCAAACGGGACCACCUUCCCGUUGGACACCAAAUGGCCCCUAAAAGGUGUGAUACGCGACGACACCUGCAAAUUGGUUAGCAACAUCCAAGCGUACAAAUGUAAUUCGACUCUCGAUCAUCGUGUCCUGCUAAUCGAGUCGUUGGACGAGGAUCGACUACUGCGAAGGAUUGCCCCGGUUGCAUUUGCGACUGAAGGCCUCCAGGGUCAACUGGUACUGAAUGCGCCCACCUUUGCCGGACAAUAUUUGCCCGAUCCGGCUGCGAACUUAAGCGGAACAAAUUAUUUCGAUGAAACUACCCAACUGUUCUAUGUGGUCAUCAAGGGAUCUUCGGUGGUGGAACUUCGUCUGCAGCCGGUGAUCAAAGUUUCCUUCGGACUGCCAGCAAUGACAGAGGCGGAGUUUUUCGGAUCCAACGUGUUAGACAAUUUGGCCUCAUUUUUGGGAAUACCGAAAUCGCGGAUUCGAGUAGCAAAAGUGGUUUCCGAACGUUCCAGUGGUUCUCGUAGACGUCGAGCUGCCACAGGGAUCCAAGUUGUUCUGGAAAUCAGUGAACCACCAUCUAACACUACGAAUACGAGUAGUACACCCGCCACGGUUCUAGAUGCACCGACAGCCACCCAGCCGACCGCAAUGGAAAUUGUAGCCACCACUUUGGUCAACAGUGUACAAACGAACAUGCUCAGUUCUGCCCUACAAGUACCUGUUUCAAGUGUCCAAGUGCUGCAACCACCGCCACAACCUGGCAGUGAUCGAUGGAGUGCACUCACUUCCGGUACCGAUAGUUUGAGCACUCAGCCGGAGACUAUUCAAAUCCCUACCACAGCUGAAACCGCUGUGAAUGCAACUGUGGUCGAAGGGGAACCGUUCACAAUCGUGUUGAGCACCAAAGAUGCUGCAAUCACCGCGCCCAAUUCAACUGUGGUUCUCAGAAGGGACCUGUCCUUCGAUGUCGGAAUGCGUCUGUUCAAUGUCACAGCAACUUCGAUUGGUACGGCUGAUCGAGUAAAUGCGACAACCGGAAACAACACCAAAGUACCCAUGUUCCGAAUUCAGAUGCACGAUCGCAGUACUGGAAGGCUGUCCGAACGAUUGGACUGGCGUAAUUUUUCAUGGAAGCUGGUCGCGGGUCUCUGCAGUGAUGUGAACUCUCAAUCCAACACGACCGGGUCAAUCGUUAGUCCGACACUGGCGGAUUAUUACUGGAACGGAUCACUUCCUUCCGGCACGGCUUCAUACACUUUCUGUUUCGGACUGAGAGCGUACGACAGCAAUAAUGCGUCCAAUCUGCUGCCUGCAUACACACCUGCUCUAGUGUCCGUUCCUUUACAAGUCACUGGUGACGUCACCCCGACGGCGUAUUCGAAGACAGUGCGGAUAACUUUCGCUGGCACCUUGGCAAGUAUAGCAAGUAAAUUGGACAAGUUCAAGGAUGCGGUUAAAACGAAGAUUCUCUCCUUGUACGCCGGGGUGAAUGUGACCUCAGUUGCCUUGUCCGAUGGAAGCAUCUUGGCCGAUGUGACAAUGACUUCGAACACGGAUAGUUCCCUCGCGGCAGCCCAAACGGCUAUUGAAAACAGCGUCUCCGCCGGUACUAUGACCGUCACAGUGGAUGGAGUAAAUUACUCUGCACCUAAAAAGGGAUUCCAAUUCAAGGACCAAAUCCAUCAUGGGAGUAUUAUGGAUCAAGUUGGUCUGUCUGAUAUCCAUCACCGAAAAUGCUAA